AUGUCCUCCUGGUACCAUGACCAGCGCCGCCUGUGUGGGUGCUAUGUCCCCGUUCAGAAGCCCGGAACCGAAAGAAAGUAUCUUCCUCAAAUUGAAUUGUCCUCACACACAAAAAUUCUGGCAACAACUUCGCGCACCACCUUGAAACAGAGCUUCGUCAACAACGGAGACCACAGUCUUGAUCAAGUCCAUUACACCUUCCCACUCUAUGACGGAGUCAGUGUGGUUGGCUUUAAAUGCACUAUUGGCGCAAAGACCAUCGUCGGUGCUGUCAAAGAGCGACAACAGGCGAAAGCAGAGUACCAGGCAGCGGUUGCGCAGGGCGAAGCAGCUGCUCUGCUCGAGCAGCUGCCCGAAGCCUCUGACGUCUUCACCACGUCAAUCGGUAAUGUUCCUGCUGCAGAGAAGGUCCAUGUCGAACUGGUAUACCUCGGUGAACUCAAACGCGAUGCGGAAACCGAUGGCUCACGCUUCACUAUUCCAACCAUCGUGGCGCCUCGCUAUGGGCCACUAUCGAGCGACUCUGCUGCCGCCGUCCAGAGCGCCGCGAUUGGCAAAGGCCGUAUCUCCAUAUGCGUCGAUGUGACGCUUGAAGAAGGUUUGAUCGUGCGCGGCCUACAGUCCCCAAGUCAUCCAAUCGCAGUUACCAUGGGGCGUACAUCUAUCAUGGCCGAGGACUCGUUCAACAACAAUCACGCUUCGGCUACGCUAACUCUCGGUACUACCGAACUCGAGAAAGAUUUCAUUCUCGUUGUCCUUGCUGAAGGCACUGACACUCCUCGUGCCUUGCUCGAGACUCACUCUACAAUCCCCAACCAACGCGCACUCAUGGCCACGCUGGUUCCAAAAUUCAAUCUUCCCAACAUCUCCCCUGAGAUUGUGUUCAUUGUGGAUAGAAGUGGGAGUAUGCAUGGGAAGAUCGGACUCCUGGUUGCCGCCAUGAAGGUUUUUUUGAAAUCGCUCCCAGUGGGUGUGAAAUUCAACAUCUGUUCCUUUGGAACGCGGCACUCCUUCCUCUUCAAGAGAAGUAAAACAUACGAUCAGUCAAGUCUCAAGGAUGCUCUCAAGCACCUAGAGACAUUCGCAGCAGACUAUGGCGGCACGGAAAUGCUCCAACCAGUGAAGGCGACGGUUGAGAACCGCUACAAAGACCUCUCCCUCGAAGUCAUGCUUCUCACCGAUGGUGAAAUCUGGAAUCAAGAUGACGUGUUCGCGUUCGUGAAGCAGACGCCCAACGCCCGCUUCUUCACACUAGGUAUCGGUGAUGGCGCUUCGUCUGCACUUGUGGAGGGGGUCGCCCGCGCCGGCAAUGGUUUCGCCCAGUUUGUCGGCACAGAUGAAAAGCUGGACAAUCGGGUGGUUCGCAUGUUGAAGGGCGCCCUUACCCCCCAUAUCACUGACUACACACUCGAGGUCCAAUUUGGGGAGGACGUGGAGGAUUUCAAAGAUGAAGACUUCGAGAUGGUUGACCCAGAGGACAAAGAAGCUGAAGAUGAUGUCGUGCCUGAUCUGAAGAAGCCAGAGGGGAGGACACCUAUUUCCCUCUUCAAUGCCAAUGCGACCGAAGAACCAACCAACCCUCCUGUAGGUCGCUAUGAAAGCUUGCCAACUAUCUCAGUGCCAAGAAUCCUCCAGGCACCCCAUAAGAUUCCGCCACUAUUUCGGUUCAAUCGCACCACUGUCUACCUCCUUUUCAGUCCCGAAGCGACCCGCAAAGUACCCAAAUCAGUUGUGCUUCGCGGCACCAGUGCGCAUGGUCCUCUCGAACUAAAAGUUCCUGUUCAAGAUAUCGGCAUGGGCGAAACAAUUCAUCAACUGGCGGCCAAGAAGGCAAUCCUCGAACUCGAAGAGGGCCGUGGCUGGAUUACCGAAGCACGAAGUUCUGGGGGGCAACUUCUCGAGUCUGUCCACGAAGGAAAAUGGGAUCUCAUUGUCGAACGAGAAGCUGUCCGCUUGGGUGUCCUUUUCCAAGUCGGGGGGAAAUGGUGCUCAUUCGUGGCUGUUGAUAACCAUGGCCAGCGAAUUGAUGAGAGGGUCUCCAUGGGGUCGGCGCCUUCUGUGCAGACGAAGGGGUUAACAGGUCGCGUAUCGCUCUAUGCAGCGCCCGGUGGAUCCUUCGCUGGAGGGGGGUUUGCUUGUAGAGCGGGUGCGACUAGCCCACGGGCCGACGGCCAAAUUUUGCGCCCGUCGGCUGUCGCCGCCGCCGCACCCCCGCCAGCUGCCAGGGCACCGCACCGGGGGGGCCUCUUCGGAAGCGUCGCUUCUACACCAGCCACCACUACAAAGAAGACGAGGGCCCGAUCUCUUAGAAUGGGAUUUGGGUUUGGCUCAACACGCAAUGAAGAAGAUAUUGCAGGUGAGGCUGGCGAGCACGCGGCACCGGUUGACCUGACGACGCUCAGUAACACGGAAAAGAUGCACCAGAUUAUAGGUUUGGAGGAGUUUGACGGGUCGUGGCUCCGUUCAAAGAAUCUUCUCGCCCUCCUUGGGGUUACUGAAGAGCAAUUUACCAGCGUUGACAUCUUCACUGAAAAAGGCGAGGAUGCUAUCAAAGCCACAGUGCUGGCAGUUGCUUGGUUGAAGGUCAAGGUUUUGCCAGAGAAAGACGUCUGGGAGAUGGUGGCUGACAAGGCGAUGGGAUGGUUAGCGACCAGACUUGGAGGUGAGGGAAAUGCGAAUAAGGCUGUUGAACAGGCCAAGGAAUUGUUUUGA